CUAGCUUAUGUUGAGUGGUUCUCUGCCUUUCAUGCACCUGAACAUAACCACAGCCUAUACAAAGUCUCAUGCAUCAUCAUGAAUGAGCAAUGCUUGGCUAGUGUCAUACCUAUUAACAAUGUACAUCAUAGUGCUCAUUUAAUUCUGCAUUUAGGUCAUGUUGCUCCUUGUGACUGGACUUCUGCUAAUGUC